AUUAUUACGAACUGUUUACAAUCAUGAACACAAGUUACAAAGUCUCGGGCCUCGGCAGCGGGCAGUAGCGCGCGAGUCAAACCACCGUUUGGCCGUAUUUUCGGUCACCAAAUUCAUGAUAGAGUGUCCGCAAACAAAAUAUUAUAAUAAGUAAAAUGAAAACAUUAGACUACCCCUUGGAGAUGAAGGAUGUGGAACCAGAAAUGGCGAAGAAAUUAAUGGAGUAUUUCACAGGUGAGCACACCGGAUUUGUCCGAGUGGGCCCCAAGGGAUACUUCCUUCCUCAUCAGUUCAGACAAGAAGCCGCCAAAAUAUACAACAUGGAGAUACGACCAACUGACGUUUUCGUGUGCAGCUAUCCACGUUCAGGUACGACCUGGACUCAAGAACUGGUCUGGAUGGUGGCAAAUGACCUGGACUAUGCCACAUCCGACGCCGUGCCACUUACUAACAGAUAUCCAUUUUUAGAGUUUUCAGUAUACGUCCAUCCAGUGAUGAAGAAGAGAUUCCAAGAAGAGAACAAAAACAGUGCAGAGAAACUCCAGCUUUUGGAGUGGGUUUCACAACCUGGAACGGAGCAGCUGGCGCAGAUGAAGGAGCGGCGGUUCGUAAAGACCCACCUGCCGCUGUCACUGCUGCCACCAAACCUGCUGCAGGCCAAGGUGGUUUACGUGGCGAGAGACCCUCGAGACGUGGUUGUAUCUUUCUACCAUCUCAACAAAAGCAUGAGGACGCAAGGGUACAUAGGCGACUUUAAAACCUACUGGGAUUUCUUUAGACAGGAUCUACAUCAUUGGACGCCGUACUUUGAGCAUCUAAAAGAGUCUUGGGAAAUGAGACAUCAUCCGAAUAUGUUGUUUCUAUUUUAUGAAGAACUUUCAAAGGACUUACCAGCGGCAGUUCGACGGGUAGCAGAUUUCUUCGGCAAGCAGUACUCGGAGGAGCAGAUAUCGCGACUGUGCGACCACCUCAGCAUCGAAAGCUUCAAGACCAACAAAUCCGUCAACUACGACGUCAUGAAAGUCAUCGGUAUAAUGGUCGCCGAAACAGAUGGAUUUAUUAGAAGAGGCAAAGCCGGUGGUUGGCGUGACUAUUUCGACGAGGAGAUGUCGUCGCAAGCGGAGCAGUGGAUCGCGCACAACCUGCGGGACACAGACCUGCGAUUCCCGCACUUUUGAUACGAAUAAUACAAUUUUUUAUUGAUAAAAAAUGUUUGAGAUCAUAAA